GUCGUAAGAGCUCGCUUGUCACUGUUAAGAGGUGUGUUGUACUGACUGUAACUCUCAACAUUGGUCCGGACAUGGGAUAAGUGGGACUUUUGAUUCCGUAGGAUAUUAAACGACACCAUGAAGUCGAGUAGAAAUGAACGUAGGCGUGUUCGGAAAAGUGCUCACGUUGUUGAGUAGUUUCCGAGUUGAGAAGUUAAUUUUGCUAAAGAAAGGGUGAUAAGGCAGACAGCAACUGGUGUGAAUUCUUAACGCGCGCUUCGACACUUCUAAAAAGGAAAUUUAAAGAUUGUUCAUUUCGAGUACGUAACUUGACGCCUUUGGAGAGAUACUGAAGGAGAAUUCGAGCGUUGAGAGCCCACUCGCUUAGAAAGUUGGAGAAAGUUGUUGCCUAUUGUUUCGAAGUGAGUAUUGAAAAAUCAAUUUUGGCAACAUGGCGCCUCCUCGAGUCUGUUGGACCCAAGCGCCAAAUCUGGUGAUUUUGUAAGCGCAGCGCAACGAAGGAUCAGCGUGCUCCAGGGGUGUAGGCACGCGAUCUUGCAGUUAGUGGACCGGUUGCUCUACCAAUACCAUUAUGGAUAAGCUAAAGCCAGCCCCGUAUCUGUUGGUUAAUAAGGUAACCAAGGGCAUCCCAUCUCCAAAUAUCUCGGCGCGAUAUGAGAGGGAAGAAGACGAAGGAAGGUCGCAAUAUGAGACGAUGGUGAAUGUGAUGAAGACGCUUCAAUGUGCAGGGGCCUCCCAGAAAAAGAAAACAUCGCUGUCGCCCACGAUGACUCCCGAAGAGCGGAAACGCGAGAGAAACAGCAGUGACAAAACAGUCACGUUUGCGUUGAACCACAACGCACAAAUGAAGGCACCAAGACCCGACCCCAAAGAAGGGGUCGACGAAAAACGGAUGGAAAUGAAAGGAAGCGAAGCUACAAACUUCUUACAGAGUUUCAAGACGAAAAAGCGGGAAAAGGAUAACGAAAAAUUCGAGCGGAUUCAGAGUACAAUUAAAGGAUAUAAACAAAUUUACGCAGAGGCUCGCGCCGCUCAAAGAGAACAGGCAGCUGCGGAGAUGCAACCAAUGCUCAACCAUACUGCUGAGAUCCUUCAUCCUGGGGUUGGGAGCUUGUCUCCGGGCGAAACUGGUCCAGAUGGCAGUCAACGGUCUGGGAGCAAAGAAAAUUCCCUAAAAAGUGGAAGCAAAGGGGCCAACAGACUUAGUCUUCCUGGAGUUGGUGGAACAAAUACUCGUUCACUGUUCAUCUUCAGUGAGGAGAACUUCAUAAGAAAAUACGCCAAAAUGAUAAUUGAGUGGCCUCCGUUUGAAUAUAUGGUACUGCUAACCAUCAUAGCAAACUGCAUCGUGCUGGCACUUGAAGAACACCUUCCAAAUAACGAUAGGACACCUCUAGCACUACAGCUGGAGGACACAGAAGUCUAUUUCCUAGGAAUUUUCUGCGUAGAAGCAUUUCUCAAAAUUAUAGCAUUAGGAUUUAUCUUACAUAAAGGUUCUUAUCUACGGAACGUAUGGAAUAUAUUAGACUUCGUAGUGGUAGUAACGGGGUUUGUUACCCUCUUUAUGGAGGGAGGGAGUGCAGACACAGGUUUCGACUUAAAAACCCUCAGAGCUGUCAGAGUUCUUCGGCCUCUGAAGCUGGUCUCAGGAAUUCCAAGUCUUCAGGUCGUGCUAAAGUCCAUCCUAUGUGCUAUGGCCCCACUGUUGCAAAUUGGUGUCCUAGUGUUAUUUGCUAUCAUCAUGUUUGCUAUCAUUGGGCUUGAGUUUUACAGCGGGGCCUUCCAUAAUACGUGCUACAUGAUAGACACCAACAUUAUUGACACAAUGGGAGAGUCUAGUCCAAGGCCGUGUGCUGUGAACCUUCCGAAAAGCAAUGGGGAGAAACCUGAUCCUUCUUCUGGGCUUUCCUGUAGACAUAAUGUAUCCCGUUGUAAGCCAUACUGGGAAGGACCCAACUAUGGCAUUACCAGUUUUGACAACAUUCUUUACGCCAUGUUAACAGUAUUUCAGUGUAUCACUAUGGAGGGAUGGACAGACGUCUUGUAUUUUACCAAUGAUGCAAUGGGCAGCCUCUUCAACUGGAUGUACUUUUUUUCACUCAUCAUUCUCGGCUCUUUCUUUAUGCUCAAUUUGGUGCUUGGUGUGCUAAGUGGAGAGUUUGCUAGAGAGAGGGAGAGGGUAGAAAACCGCCGUGCUUUCUUAAAACUUCGGAAACAGCAGCAAAUACAGAGGACCUUAAAUGGUUACCUUGAGUGGAUAUGCAAAGCAGAGGAAGUGAUUCUCAAUGAGGAUAAAACGACAGAUGAAGAGAAAAUGAAAAUCAUAGAAGCAAGAAGAAGAGCAGCUUCAAAGAAGAUGAAGAAUAUUAAAAGUGGAAAAGAGGUUGACCCAGAUGCUGAUUCUGAGAAUGAAGAUGAUUUAUUUAAUGAUAUCAAUAUGGUGAUGGUCCCUGUGUUAAAAGGGAACCCAUUUAGUCCAAAUGCAUUUGGUUUAAAGCCUAGGAAAAGGAGGAACACCUGUCCUUGUUGGAGAACAGAGCGUAAAUUUAGAUUUUUUAUACGACAUGCAGUGAAAAGCCAAGCAUUUUACUGGGGAGUGAUAGUUCUUGUUUUUCUUAAUACUGUGUGUGUAGCAGUGGAACACUAUGGUCAGCCAGCUUGGCUGGAUGCCUUUUUAUAUGGAGCAGAGUAUGCCUUCCUUGGUUGCUUUUGUUUGGAAAUGUUUAUCAAGCUAUAUGGACUAGGCUUCAGGAUGUAUUUCAAGUCUUCUUUCAACAUUUUUGACUGUGUGGUAAUUGUUGGAAGUAUUUUUGAAGUGAUCUACACACAGUUUACCAAGGACUCAUUUGGCUUUAGUGUACUCCGAGCAUUGAGAUUACUAAGGAUAUUUAAAGUCACACGAUAUUGGUCCUCCUUGCGAAACUUGGUGAUAUCUUUACUCAGCAGUAUGCGUUCCAUUGUCAGUCUGCUGUUCCUGCUCUUCUUGUUCAUUGUCAUCUUUGCCUUACUGGGGAUGCAGCUCUUUGGAGGAGAAAUGAACUUCGAGGAAGGACGGCCUCCAAUGCACUUUGAUACUUUUUUCAUGGCAGUUAUGUCCGUGUUCCAGAUCCUCACUGGAGAGGACUGGAAUGUGUUGAUGUACAAUGGAAUCGUCUCCAGAGGUGGAGUCAAAGGGGGUGGCUUAUGGUACUGCUCAUAUUUCAUUGUUUUGGUGCUAUUUGGUAACUAUACUCUAUUAAAUGUCUUCUUGGCUAUCGCCGUUGACAACCUGGCAAAUGCUCAAGAGCUCACAGCUGCUGAGGAGGAGGAAGAAGAUGAAGGAGCAAAGCGUCGAGAAGAAGUAAAGAAGCAGAUGGCUGGAGAGUUCGGCAAUGCCGAUCAGAAGGGGAUAUAUGAGGGAAAUUACUUUGACCUACAGAUGCGUAGAGAGGACCUGGACAAGACUGGGAUGGGUAUGGGGAACAUGCAGAUGGACAAGUUCAGAGUGCCGGCUGUGGGCAUUGAACCUCCCCAGGUGAACAUAUGUCCACCUUCCCCACCCAAUAACCAGGAUCCAAAACAACCAAAAGGAGGGGGUGCAUUCAACUUCUACAAUAAUGAGAUUGUGUUGAAGAUCAUGGCGGACGAUUACAACCGAGAUCGAAGAGCAGAUGAAAAACCAAACAACACUGAAGGUGGCAGUGAUAAUGAAGCUGAGGAACCUGGAGAGGAAGGGUCAGAUGGAGAAGGUGAAAAGAAGAAAGAAGAGGAAGAUGAGCCUGCAUUUGGCAAACCUAAACCAAUGUUACCUUACAGUUCUAUGUUUAUCUUUGGACCUAAAAACCCAGUGCGUAGGAUAUGUCACUUUGUAGUGAACCUGCGCUACUUCGACCUUUUCAUUAUGAUAGUAAUCUGCGCUAGUAGUAUUGCCCUUGCAGCAGAGGACCCAGUGGAUGAAAACUCAUUCCAAAACCAGAUACUGAAUUAUUUUGAUUAUGUUUUUACUGGCGUCUUUACUGUGGAAAUGAUCCUCAAGAUUGUUGACCUUGGUAUCUUGUUUCAUCCUGGAGCCUACUUCCGUGACCUGUGGAACAUUUUGGAUGCCACUGUGGUAACCUGUGCCCUUGUGGCAUUUGCAUUCAGUGGGGAAACAGGAUCUGCUGCUGGCAAGAACUUAAAUACCAUCAAAUCACUCAGAGUGCUAAGAGUACUGAGACCACUCAAAACUAUCAACAGAGUGCCCAAACUUAAGGCUGUGUUUGACUGUGUGCUGUCAUCACUGAAAAAUGUAUUCAACAUCCUCAUAGUGUACACUCUCUUCCAAUUGAUAUUUUCCGUGAUUGCCGUUCAGCUAUUUAAAGGAAAGUUCUAUCACUGCACAGACUCAUCAAAGAUGGAAGAGAAAGAGUGCCAGGGACAAUAUUUUGUAUAUGAAAGUUCAGACGAUUCUGAUGCCCAGACUCCGAAAGUGGAAGAGCGUGUAUGGGAGCCAUAUGACUUUGCCUAUGAUAAUGUAGCUAUGGCAUGGUUAACACUGUUUACUGUAUCCACGGGAGAAGGAUGGCCUCAGGUACUCCAGCAUUCCAUGGACUCCACAGAGGAAGGAAGAGGUCCUUCACCCGGUGCCCAUCAGGAGACAGCCAUGUUUUAUGUUGUCUUCUUUAUUGUCUUUCCAUUCUUCUUUGUCAAUAUAUUUGUUGCCUUAAUCAUCAUUACAUUUCAAGAACAAGGUGAAAAUGAGCUUGUGGACCAGGAUUUAGAUAAAAAUCAGAAACAAUGUAUAGACUUUGCUAUUCAUGCAAGGCCUAUAUGUCGCUAUAUGCCCAAAAACAAAGACUCUGUAAAGUUUCGCAUUUGGAAACUUGUCACAUCUGCACACUUUGAGUAUUUUAUCAUGGGCAUGAUUGCUUUGAACACAGUGGUACUCAUGAUGAAGUUUUAUAAUAUGCCAGAAACAUACACCUACGUCCUUAGCUACCUUAAUAUUACCUUCACCAUCUUAUUUACCGUGGAAUGUGUCCUUAAGAUUAUUGCUUUUGGACCAAAGAAUUAUUUCCGAGAUCCGUGGAACGUGUUUGAUUUUGUCACUGUGCUUGGAAGUAUCACGGAUGUUUUAGUCUCUGUUCUCAACACAUUGGUUCCUAGUCUAUUUGAGUCUGGUAGAAGCAUAAAUUUGGGAUUUCUACGUCUCUUCCGAGCUGCUCGUCUGAUCAAAUUGCUUCGUCAGGGCGGUACAAUCCGUAUUCUGCUCUGGACUUUUGUGCAAUCAUUCAAGGCACUGCCCUAUGUGUGUUUGCUCAUCCUUAUGCUGUUCUUCAUAUACGCCAUUGUUGGGAUGCAGAUAUUUGGAAAUAUUAAAUUUGUCGACGACAAGGCUAUCAAUCGCCACAAUAACUUCCGUACCUUUCCUCAAGCUGUGGUGCUGCUAUUUAGGUGUUCCACUGGUGAGGCCUGGCAGGACAUCAUGUUGAGCUGCAUUUCGGGGGCUCCAUGUGAAGUGCCUGAAGAUGAGGAGGAAUCAAAUGACUGCGGCACUGUUCUGGCAUACAUGUACUUUGUAUCAUUCGUCUUUUUCAGCUCUUUUCUUAUGCUGAACUUGUUUGUUGCUGUUAUUAUGGACAAUUUUGAUUAUUUGACUCGAGAUUCCUCUAUUUUGGGACCACAUCAUUUGGAUGAGUACAUCCGAGUUUGGUCAGAUUAUGACCCAACUGCAUCUGGCCGGAUCUCUUACCAGGAUAUGUAUGAUUUGCUAAGAAAUCUAGAACCGCCUGUAGGAUUUGGCAAGAAAUGUCCAUACAGGCUUGCCUAUAGGAAACUAAUCCGCAUGAACAUGCCUGUAGCAGAGGAUGGUACUGUGCACUUUACCACUACUCUUUUUGCCUUGGUGAGGGAAUCGCUUCAGAUAAAGAUGAGCCUAGCUGAUGAAAUGGAUCAAAAGGAUGAAGAACUCAGAGAUGUUAUACGGAAAAUGUGGCCCUUGCAGUCAAAGAAACCAAAGACUAUCAAGUUGUUGGUGCCACCAAAUGAAGAAUUGAAUAAUGGAAAGAUGACAGUUGGUAAGAUCUAUGCAGGCCUUCUGAUAGCAGAGAACUGGAAAGCCUACAAAGCCAGUCAGACAAGAACAAACCAUGCCAAAUCAGUCACUCCUCCACCUCCUAAAAAAGCUGAAGAGAGACCCCAGUCAUUGUUGAAGAGAGUAAUGGGUGUUCUGAAGACCACACCCACCCAGGACAGUUUUGAUAAUGGAGAUGAAUAUGGCCAUGAGCCUGGAUACAGGUACUGAACACUUGACCACAGUUUGUGGCUUGUCUGAAAAGUUUAUUUUGCUGUGAGUCUCAACAUCUGUCUUCGAUA